AUGCCUAAAUAUUUUAUUUUUUAAUUUCAAAUUCCUAUUGCUAUUAUAGGAAUAACAAAUUGGAUACAGUGGUUCGUCACAUUGUUAAAAUCAUAAUUCUAAUUUUUAUUUGAUGAAAAAAGAGUAAAUUGAAUCAAUUUUAUUUUAGAUAUUCUAAUGGAGUGAUAUGACAGGAUAAUAAAAAGCAAAAUUGGAUAGCCACAGUCGAGCUGUCAACUCAUUAAGUUUCUCACGAGAUGGAACUACAUUAUCAUCUGGUGGUAAUGAUAUGUCUAUCUAUUUAUGGAAUGUUAAGUAAGGUAAAUAAAAAGCAAAGUUUGUUGGUAAUCCUAGUACUGUAUAGUCUGAUAUGCUUCUCACAAGAUGGAACUACUUUAGCAUCAAGUGAUGAUAACUCUAUCCGUUUAUGGAAUGUCAAGUCACGAUUUAAGGUCAAAAAGGAUGAUCACUCCAGUUAUGUCUACCAGAUAGAAAUACUUUAGCAUCUGGUAGUGGUAAUAACUCUAUCCUUUUAUGGAAUAUUAAUACAGGUUAAUAAAUAGCUUAAUUAGAUGGUCAUUACUAUUCUCUCCUAUCAAGCUUCUUCUUCUCAUCUGAUUGAAACAAUUAUAGCAUUUGGUAAUUUUAAUAAUUCUAUUCGUUGUUGGCGUAUUAUGAAUGGAAAAAAAAUUAAAACUACUAAUCAAUAAUAUCAAUAAGUAUUAGAUAAAUUUUAAAACAGACCGCUUUCAAAGUGUGGUAAUAAUUUAUAUUUUAACUAGUUACUUAUCCUUAACUUUUAAUCUCCAAAUACUUAAUUCUAUAAGCAUAAGGUGCUUUCAUUUUUAAAGGAGAGUUUGCUAAUUAUUAAUUUUAUGAUUUUCAACCAUUAUUAAAAUCUAAAGGAUCCUAAUUUUUGGAAAAAUGA